ACCGGAGGUUUCCCGCCCGGAUGAUGCAUGUGAUGUCAAAGAGGGGUUUUUUAACAAUGACCACUACGAACGAAGGACCAACGACGGUGAAGGAAAAGAAGGAGUAGGAGUAGGAGCGAAUUCGGACGGAAUCGAAUGAUUUCGAGAUCGAGAAUGAGACAAAGGGGAGCACUUAGACAAUUCACUUUGAGUACAGGGAAGUCUGCUGGUAGGAAUUCUUCAGGGCGUAUUACGGUUUUUCACCGAGGGGGUGGAUCGAAGCGAUUGCAGCGAAGAAUUGAUCUGAAACGAAGCACUUCGUCUAUGGGCAUUGUAGAAAGGAUAGAAUAUGAGCCUAAUCGUUCUUCUCGGAUCGCUCCAGUACGAUGGAUUGAGGGGGUCAGCCCGAGGAAAUUGAACACGAUAGAGGAGUUCGCUCCGCCGCCUAAGAUCCUCGAACCUACCACGACCACCAUCCGCGGCCUAUUUUCGUUCUCUUCCCUGCCCGGAAAGGAUGAUAAAAUAAAGGUAGCUUGCUUCUAUCCUGGACUGAUGGCGGCUUAUGUAGUGGUCGGCCUUCCUACCAGAAUGUCUCCUUGGUCGAAGAGCCCCUUUACUAGUAAGGGCGCAGGAAGCAAAAAAACUUGCGCGAAGGACGUUUUCUUUUCUGCCUUCUCCUCUCCAAAGGCCAAGGGAGAGACUGCAUCCCUUUCCUUCGGUAGCUCUUUUUGUUUCCCAAGGAUAGCGGUAGCUGGGGCAAAGCCCGCUUUCUUCGCUCCGCGAAUGAGAGAGGAGAAACUCAGAGGAAAAAACACGUUCUCUCUUUGCGAGGUCCGAAAGUGGGGAACGCAUAGCAUUCUCUGGGCACAUAGGAUCAAACGUAAAGCAGCGCUUUCUUGGCAGAGUUUUAGGCGGCAAGAUACUUUAGCGCUUGUUGGAGCUGCUGAGCAUAACGAAUCGAAGCCGAAGACGGAUCAAGGUAGCUUGCCUGCCAAGCCGAUAGGCGACGGGACGAAGGAUGGAGCGUGCAAAGUCGAUCUCACACGGGAAGAGAGGUCAAAUCAAGGCAAAGCCAUACGCCCGUUUGGCUCCUCGCGGAGUAUAGCUCACAUCCAACAUCUGAUUGGGGAACGGGGCAACGCCCAUGAAGCUCCGGCGGAAAGGGAAGGCCUGCCAGGCCGUAUGCCCAUGGGUGCAGGAUUCUUCGAAAAAGCGCGGGCUGACUCGGAGACCUGGGACCUUGGCUUAGCAAGGGAUGAAGAAAGCUAUUACAGCUUUCUCCGUCAGCGGCUUAUGUAGUGGUCGGCCUUCUAUAAGCGACUUGUCGAGUCUAAGAAGCUUUGCUUCUUGUAGUCGGCCCGUAAUGAAUGCCUCCCUUCAUUUGCUUGCCUCCUUCCAGCUCAGAAUGCCUAAUGCCUAUUAUCUAGUGCUAGAAGCUAACCGCCAGAAGCUCACCCUUCGGGCGUCGCUUCCAGCGCAGGAGGCCAAGCAUUCUGCCAGAUGUCCCGGCCUGGGAGCCCCCUUCGCCUUGACUUUAGUCUUGAGUCGUACUUAAGUAGCUAAGUUUCCAAAGGUGAACAGCCCCUGUCCUUUAUAGUCGUAAAGGGCUUCUCAGAAAAGUAAGGAAGGAGGUUAAGGUUCCGAAGUCACUUAGCCGUCUACUAAGGGAAAGGCGUCGGUACGGAGUCACGUCAGCUGUGGAUAUAGACUAGGCUAUAAGGAACGGAGUCUUAAACUAUAGACCGAGACUACACUAAGGAACAAGGAAGCUUGACUGAGCAAAGAAGUCAAGGAACGAAGCUGCUUCUAUAAUAGCCCCGUUGAAUAGGAGGGCGAAGGCUUUUUG